UCAAUGCGUGUGUAAAUUUUUGUAACUAUAUAUUAAUUGAAAUAAAAUAAUUUUAUAAAAUGUAAAACAAUAACUCAUAUAGAUGAGGUUGCAGUGAAUUAAAUACUUCUUCACAAAUGGAAAAAGCAUUAUAAAUAAUAUGCGUUAAGAGAUAUUUAUUGUUGAAGAAGUUAAAAUGGCAGAUGACAAAGAUAUUAAGUAUAUAAUGCAUUACAAAGAAAAGAAACCGUUGAAAGCGGAUUUUUUCAGAACUAAUCUGAAACAAAAAAUUAAAAUAUCGAGUAUCGAAGGCGGAUUAACAAGGUUUAGUGAUAUAAAUGUAAUAGUUAAAAAAAAGAAGGAUGAACAUAGAAUAAAAGAAAAAAGCUUCCGCAAAUACCUCAGAUUCCGUAUGUCGAUAAGCAGACAUCAGUCAAGAGAUAAUUUGAAGGUUAAAAAGAGUAGGUCAGAUUUAUUUUUAAGACAAUAUGAAAAUAUCAGUAAUAAUAUGUAUACAAACGCUUUGAAAAAUUUAAAUAAAAGCAAUAAUUAUUUAUUUGAUACCAAAUAUUAUGUAAACAAUUUCGUGGCACAUAGUCCAUUCAAAUCGCUUCGAAAUUCGAUCAUAUAUAGAUGUCAAUAUAAAACAAAAGAAGAAACUUGUUGUUGUUCUUGUAAUUCUGACGCAAUGUUUGAAGUUAUGAAAAGUUUAUAUGACUGUUAUAAAAAGAAAAAUUGUGACAAUUGCAACUGCAUACUUUGUGGUCAUUUGCCAAGAGAAGAAAGAAGACUUGGUGAGUUGCGCAAGUCUGGAGCUGAGUUGGCAUCGGCUGGUAUUGGAGUAAAACAAAAGAAGAAAAAACUUAAAAAGAAAAGCGUGCCUUCUAUAGAGGAUAAAACAAAGGCUGACAAAAGAAAAACAAUAGUUAAAGAAGAGAAAUUUCUGGAGAAACAAGCUGUAAUUGAUGUACCUCCUAGUGAAGGAAAGAUAUCCAAACUUACGCUACCGUCAGAAAAAAUGAUGAAAGCAAAGAAGGAGGGCCUUUUAACACCGUUAAAGGGUAAAAGCCCGGAACAAAAAGAGAAAAUUUUACGAGGCUUAGCAAUGAAUGGUAUACCUUUGCCAAAAGGAAAAUCUCAAUCUGAACGUCACAUUAUUGAGAAGGUUCGUCUAGAAUUAGGUCUUCCACCAGAACCGAAAACGCAAGAUGAAAAAAUAAAGUAUAAAAAAGGAGUAGCUGCCGGAUUAAUAGUACCGUUAGAGGGAAAAUCUCAGAAAGAAAAGGAAGAACUACUAAAACAACAGGCUAAUCUUGGCAUGACAUUACCAGAAGGACGCUCCGCAUCUGAAAAGGCUAUUAUUAAUAAAAUUAAAGAAACUGUUGAAAUUGAUAAAACAAAAUUAUUCGCACCUUCCGAAGUAAAAAGCAUACCCUCAGAAAAAAUUUCAAAACUAAAAGCUGAAGGCCUCUUAACACCGUUAAAAGGUAAAAGUCCCAAACAAAAAGAAAAAAUAUUUAGAGGCUUAGCAAUAAAUGGAAUUCCUCUACCGAAGGCUAAAACAGAUUCAGAACGUCAAAUUAUUGAAAAAGUAAGACAAGACUUGGGCUUACCACCCGAACCAAAGACGUCAGAAGAAAAAAGGAACUACAAAAAAGCGGUUGCAGCUGGAUUAGUAGUCCCUUUGGAAGGAAAAGCUAAUUCCGAGAAAGAAAAGUUACUAAAAGAGCAAGCUAAAAUUGGUAUUCGGUUACCAGAGGGUCGAACUACAUCUGAACAGGCUGUCAUAGCAAAAGUCAAGAAAAUUUCUAAGCCCCCAUCAGAAAUGUUAGCCUCAAUGAAAAAGAAAGCUAUACCAUCAGAAACGAUUAAUAAGUUAAAAGCAGAAGGCUUAUUAACACCACUAAAGGGUAAAAAUCCAGAACAAAAGGAAAAAGUAUUACGAGGUUGGGCAAUUAAUGGAAUUCCUCUACCAAAAGCGAAAACAGAUUCUGAACGCAAAAUUAUUGAAAAAGUUAGGCAAGACUUGGGCUUACCACCCGAACCAAAGACGUCAGAAGAAAAAAAGAACUACAAAAAAGCAGUUGCAGCUGGAUUGGUAGUGCCUUUGGAAGGAAAGGCUAAUUCUGAAAAAGAAAAGUUACUAAAAGAGCAAGCUAAACUUGGUAUUCGGUUACCAGUGGGUCGAACAGCAUCUGAAAAGGCUCUCAUCACUAAAUUAAGGGAAAGCACAAAGCAUCCAAUAGAUAUAUCAGUCCCAUCAGACCUCAGAGUCAUACCUUCAACAAAAAUAAAAAAAGCCAGAGCAGCAGGCCUGCUUACACCCCUAAAUGGAAAAAGUACAAAACAAAAAGAAAAAAUUUUAAGAGGCCUUGCAUUGAAUGGAAUUCCACUUCCCAAGGCAAAAACGGAUUCUGAAAGAAAACUCAUCACUAAAAUUCGUAAAGACUUAGGUUUACCUCCUGAACCAAGCACUGCAGCGGAAAAGAGUAAAUACAAAUUAGCUAUAGCGACAGGUUUAAUAACUCCAUUAGAAGGAAAAACUUUAACGCAAAAACAAAAAUUGUUACAAGAUCAGGCAAAAUUAGGUAUCCCACUACCAGAAGGCCGAACUAAGUCAGAAAAAGCAUUUAUAUCACAAUUAAGAGAUAGAAUUAAGGAAAAGACAGAAAUGAAAGAAUUAGUAGGUAAAACAAAUUCAGAAAAAGAAAGGAAUUUAAAAACCUUAGCUAAACAAGGAUUUCCUUUACCUUCGGGAAAAACUACUUCAGAAAUCGAAUUAAUAGCAAAAGUUCGCGAUGAAAUUGGUUUACCACCUGCUCCCCUUACAACAACAGAAAAAGAAAAGUAUGAAAAAGCCCAUGCAGCUGGCCUUAUUACCCCACUAGAAGGUAAAUCUAAGUCAAAAAUAGAGAAACUAUUAAAAGAACAGGCGGCGCUUGGAUUAACUUUACCUAAAGGUCGAAGUCCAUCAGAGAGAGAGCUUAUACAGAACAUACAUGAAACAACAAAAGAAAAACUGGAUUCUAUAAAAAAAACAAAUGAAGAAAUGGAAGUAGCUUUUAAAAGAUUGGCCAAUCAAGGAAAUCUUCUACCUGAUGGUAAAACAAAAUCAGAGCAAAAAAUAUUAGAUAAAGUAAGGUAUGACUUAGGCCUUCCCCCAAAACCAAAAAGCAAAGAAGAAAAAAAUAAAUACAACAAAGCUCACGCUGCAGGAAUAAUUGUUCCACUAGAGGGUAAGUCUGAAUCAGAAAAAAAAAAUAUUUUACAACAGCAAGCAGACUUUGGCUUAGAACUUCCCGAAGCAAGAACAGCUUCAGAAAGGGAACUAAUAAAGAAAGUGAUGAAGAAAACGAAAAAACGUUUACACUAUUUACAAAAACUAGACACGAAAACUGCUAAAAUUAUGAGGGAAGGCAAAGGUCCGAGUGAUAAAUGUAUAUGUGAUUUAUUAACACCAGAAGCUGAUAAAAUUGUUAAAGAUUUCAAAAAAGAGGAAGUAACUAAAAUUCCAACAGAAAAACUCAAAAUUGCAAAGGAAACCGGUCUUCUAACACCAUUGAGGGGGAAAAGUCCGGAACAAAAAGAAAAAAUUAUAAAAGGAAUGGCAAUGCAAGGAAUCCCAUUUCCACAAGCAGAAACGACCUCUGAAAAUGAUUUGAUAAACAAAGUUAUUAGAGAAAUUGGACUACCUCCUAAACCAAAAUCAUCAAAAAUUAGAAAAAAUUAUGAGUUCGCUCAGCUAGCUGGAAUAAUAACACCACUUGAAGGAAAAACUAAAAGUGAAAGAAAAAUCAUUCUCACUAAACAGGCAGAAUUAGGUAUACCCUUGCCUGAGGGUAGAACACAGUCAGAAAAAGAUCUUAUUAAUCGAAUCAACACAACAGUGCCAAAAAGAAUUACAUCUGAAACGAUACGUAAGGCCAUAUCAGCUGGUAUUUUUACACCAAUCACAGGAAAACCUGCAAAAGAAAAAGAUAGGAUAUUAAGAACUUUAGCUGCUGAAGGCUUGCCAUUACCAGUAGGUAAAACUGCAUCAGAAAAAAAAUUAAUUCGAAAAAUUGAAUCAGAAAUGGGUGUAACUGCACUAUAUAUUCCACCAGAAAAGCAACGAAAAGCAAAAGCUGCAGGACUUCUCACACCAUUAAAAGGCAAAACUAAAACUCAAAAAGAAGAAAUUGUUAAAGGGUUAGCAUUACUUGGCAUACCCUUACCUAAAGCGCAGACAUCAUCAGAAAAAAAAAUCAUUGACAAAGUUAGGAAAGACGUUGGGCUACCGCCUGAACCUAAGAGCUCGUCUCUAAAAGAAAAAUAUAAAUAUGCUCAAGAAGCUGGAUUUCUCACGCCUUUAGAGGGUAAAAGUGCUGCACAAAAAAAGAAAAUUCUAACAAAGCAGGCACAACUAGGAAUACCCUUACCGGAAGCUAGAACACAGUCAGAAAAAGAUCUCAUAAAGACAAUACAAGCCACUGUGCCCAAAACUGUAACAUCUGAAAAGUUACGAACGGUCAAAGCAGCAGGAUUAUUGACACCACUAACCGGUAAACCGCCAAAGGAACAGGAAAGAAUAUUAAGAAACUUAGCUGCUGAAGGUUUACCACUACCCGAAGGUAGAACAGCGUCUGAAAAACAAAUUAUUCAAAAUAUUAAAGAUGAAUCGGGAAUAGCGGCUGUACCCAUUCCAUCAGAAAAACUGCGAAAAGCCAAGGCUGAAGGACUUCUUACUCCAUUGAAAGGAAAAACUGAUCCUCAACGAGAAAAAAUAGUAAGAGGAUUAGCAAUGCUGGGCAUGCCCAUACCCAAGGCACAGACAGCAUCGGAAAAAAAUGUUAUAGAUAAGGUAAGAGUUGAUCUCGGCCUGCCACCGGAACCGGAGACUGCAUCUCUUAGAGAUAAAUAUAAAUAUGCUCAGGAUAUUGGGAUACUGACACCACUAGAAGGUAAAACUGCAGCUCAAAAGAAAAAUAUUUUAACCAAACAAGCAGAAAUGGGUAUACCCCUAGCUGAGGGUCGAACACAAUCAGAAAAAGAUCUUAUUAAUAAAAUACGAGCAACGGUUCCCAAAAAAGUCACAUCGGAUAAAUUUCGUAAGGCCAUGGCCGCUGGACUUUUGACACCAAUUACUGGAAAACCUUUGAAAGAAAAAGAAAGGAUAUUACGAAACUUGGCUACGGAAGGCAUGCCAUUACCUGAAGGCAAAACAGCUUCAGAGAUUAAACUAAUUCGCAAAAUUGAAUCGGAAAUGGGUAUAACAGCAGCACCCAUUCCAUCUUCAAAACUGCGGAAAGCGAAAGCUGCCGGACUCCUUACCCCGCUUAGAGGAAAAUCAGACCCUCAAAAAGAGAAAAUAGUAAGAGAAUUGGCUAUGAUUGGUAUUCCUUUACCCAAAGCACAGACAGCAUCUGAAAAAAAAAUUAUUGACAAAGUUAGGAAAGACGUUGGGCUACCGCCUGAACCUAAGAGCUCGUCUCUAAAAGAAAAAUAUAAAUAUGCUCAAGAAGCUGGAUUUCUCACGCCUUUAGAGGGUAAAAGUGCUGCACAAAAAAAGAAAAUUCUUACAAAGCAGGCACAACUAGGAAUACCCUUACCGGAAGCUAGAACACAGUCAGAAAAAGAUCUCAUAAAGACAAUACAAGCCACUGUGCCCAAAACUGUAACAUCUGAAAAGUUGCGAACGGUCAAAGCAGCAGGAUUAUUGACACCACUAACCGGUAAACCACCGAAGGAACAGGAAAGAAUAUUAAAAAACUUAGCUGCUGAAGGUUUACCACUACCCGAAGGUAGAACAGCGUCUGAAAAACAAAUUAUUCAAAAUAUUAAAGAUGAAUCGGGAAUAGCGGCUGUACCCAUUCCAUCAGAAAAACUGCGAAAAGCCAAGGCUGAAGGACUUCUUACUCCAUUGAAAGGAAAAACUGAUCCUCAACGAGAAAAAAUAGUAAGAGGAUUAGCAAUGCUGGGCAUGCCCAUACCCAAGGCACAGACAGCAUCGGAAAAAAAUAUUAUAGAUAAGGUGAGAGUUGAUCUCGGACUGCCACCGGAACCGGAGACUGCAUCUCUUAGAGAUAAAUAUAAAUAUGCUCAAGAUAUUGGGAUACUGACACCACUAGAAGGUAAAACUGCAGCUCAAAAGAAAAAUAUUUUAACCAAACAAGCAGAAAUGGGUAUACCCCUAGCUGAGGGUCGAACACAAUCAGAAAAAGAUCUUAUUAAUAAAAUACGAGCAACGGUUCCCAAAAAAGUCACAUCGGAUAAAUUUCGUAAGGCCAUGGCCGCUGGACUUUUGACACCAAUUACUGGAAAACCUUUGAAAGAAAGAGAAAGGAUAUUACGAAACUUAGCUACUGAAGGCAUGCCAUUACCUGAAGGCAAAACAGCUUCAGAGACUAAACUAAUUCGCAAAAUUGAAUCGGAAAUGGGUAUAACCGCAGCACCCAUUCCAUCUUCAAAACUGCGAAAAGCGAAAGCUGCCGGACUCCUUACCCCGCUAAAAGGAAAAUCAGAACCUCAAAAAGAGAAAAUAGUAAGAGAAUUGGCUAUGAUUGGUAUUCCUUUACCCAAAGCGCAGACAGCAUCUGAAAAAAAAAUUAUUGACAAAGUUAGGAAAGACGUUGGGCUACCACCUGAACCUAAGAGCUCGUCUCUAAAAGAAAAAUAUAAAUAUGCUCAAGAAGCUGGAUUUCUCACGCCUUUAGAGGGUAAAAGUGCUGCACAAAAAAAGAAAAUUCUUGCAAAGCAGGCACAACUAGGUAUACCCUUACCAGAAGCUAGAUCACAGUCAGAAAAAGAUCUCAUAAAAACAAUACAAGCCACUGUGCCUAAAACUGUAACAUCUGAAAAGUUACGAACGGUCAAAGCAGCAGGAUUAUUGACACCACUAACCGGUAAACCACCAAAGGAACAGGAAAGAAUAUUAAGAAACUUAGCUGCUGAAGGUUUACCACUACCCGAAGGUAGAACAGCGUCUGAAAAACAAAUUAUUCAAAAUAUUAAAGAUGAAUCGGGAAUAGCGGCUGUACCCAUUCCAUCAGAAAAACUGCGAAAAGCCAAGGCUGAAGGACUUCUUACCCCAUUGAAAGGAAAAACUGAUCCUCAACGAGAAAAAAUAGUAAGAGGAUUAGCAAUGCUGGGCAUGCCCAUACCCAAGGCACAGACAGCAUCGGAAAAAAAUAUUAUAGAUAAGGUGAGAGUUGAUCUCGGGCUGCCACCGGAACCGGAGACUGCAUCUCUUAGAGAUAAAUAUAAAUAUGCUCAAGAUAUUGGGAUACUGACACCACUAGAAGGUAAAACUGCAGCUCAAAAGAAAAAUAUUUUAACCAAACAAGCAGAAAUGGGUAUACCCCUAGCUGAGGGUCGAACACAAUCAGAAAAAGAUCUUAUUAAUAAAAUACGAGCAACGGUUCCCAAAAAAGUCACAUCGGAUAAAUUUCGUAAGGCCAUGGCCGCUGGACUUUUGACACCAAUUACUGGAAAACCUUUGAAAGAAAGAGAAAGGAUAUUACGAAACUUGGCUACUGAAGGCAUGCCAUUACCUAAAGGCAAAACAGCUUCAGAGACUAAACUAAUUCGCAAAAUUGAAUCGGACAUGGGUAUAACCGCAGCACCCAUUCCAUCUUCAAAACUGCGGAAAGCGAAAGCUGCCGGACUCCUUACCCCGCUAAAAGGAAAAUCAGAACCUCAAAAAGAGAAAAUAGUAAGAGAAUUGGCUAUGAUUGGUAUUCCUUUACCCAAAGCACAGACAGCAUCUGAAAAAAAAAUUAUUGACAAAGUUAGGAAAGACGUUGGGCUACCACCUGAACCUAAGAGCUCGUCUCUAAAAGAAAAAUAUAAAUAUGCUCAAGAAGCUGGAUUUCUCACGCCUUUAGAGGGUAAAAGUGCUGCACAAAAAAAGAAAAUUCUUACAAAGCAGGCACAACUAGGUAUACCCUUACCAGAAGCUAGAUCACAGUCAGAAAAAGAUCUCAUAAAAACAAUACAAGCCACUGUGCCUAAAACUGUUACAUCUGAAAAGUUACGAACGGUCAAAGCAGCAGGAUUAUUGACACCACUAACCGGUAAACCACCAAAGGAACAGGAAAGAAUAUUAAGAAACUUAGCUGCUGAAGGUUUACCACUACCCGAAGGUAGAACAGCGUCUGAAAAACAAAUUAUUCAAAAUAUUAAAGAUGAAUCGGGAAUAGCGGCUGUACCCAUUCCAUCAGAAAAACUGCGAAAAGCCAAGGCUGAAGGACUUCUUACUCCAUUGAAAGGAAAAACUGAUCCUCAACGAGAAAAAAUAGUAAGAGGAUUAGCAAUGCUGGGCAUGCCCAUACCCAAGGCACAGACAGCAUCGGAAAAAAAUAUUAUAGAUAAGGUGAGAGUUGAUCUCGGGCUGCCACCGGAACCGGAGACUGCAUCUCUUAGAGAUAAAUAUAAAUAUGCUCAAGAUAUUGGGAUACUGACACCACUAGAAGGUAAAACUGCAGCUCAAAAGAAAAAUAUUUUAACCAAACAAGCAGAAAUGGGUAUACCCCUAGCUGAGGGUCGAACACAAUCAGAAAAAGAUCUUAUUAAUAAAAUACGAGCAACGGUUCCCAAAAAAGUCACAUCGGAUAAAUUUCGUAAGGCCAUGGCCGCUGGACUUUUGACACCAAUUACUGGAAAACCUUUGAAAGAAAAAGAAAGGAUAUUACGAAACUUGGCUACGGAAGGCAUGCCAUUACCUGAAGGCAAAACAGCUUCAGAGAUUAAACUAAUUCGCAAAAUUGAAUCGGAAAUGGGUAUAACAGCAGCACCCAUUCCAUCUUCAAAACUGCGGAAAGCGAAAGCUGCCGGACUCCUUACCCCGCUUAGAGGAAAAUCAGACCCUCAAAAAGAGAAAAUAGUAAGAGAAUUGGCUAUGAUUGGUAUUCCUUUACCCAAAGCACAGACAGCAUCUGAAAAAAAAAUUAUUGACAAAGUUAGGAAAGACGUUGGGCUACCGCCUGAACCUAAGAGCUCGUCUCUAAAAGAAAAAUAUAAAUAUGCCCAAGAAGCUGGAUUUCUCACGCCUUUAGAGGGUAAAAGUGCUGCACAAAAAAAGAAAAUUCUUACAAAGCAGGCACAACUAGGAAUACCCUUACCGGAAGCUAGAACACAGUCAGAAAAAGAUCUCAUAAAGACAAUACAAGCCACUGUGCCCAAAACUGUAACAUCUGAAAAGUUGCGAACGGUCAAAGCAGCAGGAUUAUUGACACCACUAACCGGUAAACCACCGAAGGAACAGGAAAGAAUAUUAAAAAACUUAGCUGCUGAAGGUUUACCACUACCCGAAGGUAGAACAGCGUCUGAAAAACAAAUUAUUCAAAAUAUUAAAGAUGAAUCGGGAAUAGCGGCUGUACCCAUUCCAUCAGAAAAACUGCGAAAAGCCAAGGCUGAAGGACUUCUUACUCCAUUGAAAGGAAAAACUGAUCCUCAACGAGAAAAAAUAGUAAGAGGAUUAGCAAUGCUGGGCAUGCCCAUACCCAAGGCACAGACAGCAUCGGAAAAAAAUAUUAUAGAUAAGGUGAGAGUUGAUCUCGGACUGCCACCGGAACCGGAGACUGCAUCUCUUAGAGAUAAAUAUAAAUAUGCUCAAGAUAUUGGGAUACUGACACCACUAGAAGGUAAAACUGCAGCUCAAAAGAAAAAUAUUUUAACCAAACAAGCAGAAAUGGGUAUACCCCUAGCUGAGGGUCGAACACAAUCAGAAAAAGAUCUUAUUAAUAAAAUACGAGCAACGGUUCCCAAAAAAGUCACAUCGGAUAAAUUUCGUAAGGCCAUGGCCGCUGGACUUUUGACACCAAUUACUGGAAAACCUUUGAAAGAAAGAGAAAGGAUAUUACGAAACUUAGCUACUGAAGGCAUGCCAUUACCUGAAGGCAAAACAGCUUCAGAGACUAAACUAAUUCGCAAAAUUGAAUCGGAAAUGGGUAUAACCGCAGCACCCAUUCCAUCUUCAAAACUGCGAAAAGCGAAAGCUGCCGGACUCCUUACCCCGCUAAAAGGAAAAUCAGAACCUCAAAAAGAGAAAAUAGUAAGAGAAUUGGCUAUGAUUGGUAUUCCUUUACCCAAAGCGCAGACAGCAUCUGAAAAAAAAAUUAUUGACAAAGUUAGGAAAGACGUUGGGCUACCACCUGAACCUAAGAGCUCGUCUCUAAAAGAAAAAUAUAAAUAUGCUCAAGAAGCUGGAUUUCUCACGCCUUUAGAGGGUAAAAGUGCUGCACAAAAAAAGAAAAUUCUUACAAAGCAGGCACAACUAGGUAUACCCUUACCAGAAGCUAGAUCACAGUCAGAAAAAGAUCUCAUAAAAACAAUACAAGCCACUGUGCCUAAAACUGUAACAUCUGAAAAGUUGCGAACGGUCAAAGCAGCAGGAUUAUUGACACCACUAACCGGUAAACCACCAAAGGAACAGGAAAGAAUAUUAAAAAACUUAGCUGCUGAAGGUUUACCACUACCCGAAGGUAGAACAGCGUCUGAAAAACAAAUUAUUCAAAAUAUUAAAGAUGAAUCGGGAAUAGCGGCUGUACCCAUUCCAUCAGAAAAACUGCGAAAAGCCAAGGCUGAAGGACUUCUUACUCCAUUGAAAGGAAAAACUGAUCCUCAACGAGAAAAAAUAGUAAGAGGAUUAGCAAUGCUGGGCAUGCCCAUACCCAAGGCACAGACAGCAUCGGAAAAAAAUAUUAUAGAUAAGGUGAGAGUUGAUCUCGGGCUGCCACCGGAACCGGAGACUGCAUCUCUUAGAGAUAAAUACAAAUAUGCUCAAGAUAUUGGGAUACUGACACCACUAGAAGGUAAAACUGCAGCUCAAAAGAAAAAUAUUUUAACCAAACAAGCAGAAAUGGGUAUACCCCUAGCUGAGGGUCGAACACAAUCAGAAAAAGAUCUUAUUAAUAAAAUACGAGCAACAGUUCCCAAAAAAGUCACAUCGGAUAAAUUUCGUAAGGCCAUGGCCGCUGGACUUUUGACACCAAUUACUGGAAAACCUUUGCAAGAAAAAGAAAGGAUAUUACGAAACUUGGCUACUGAAGGCAUGCCAUUACCUGAAGGCAAAACAGCUUCAGAGAUUAAACUAAUUCGCAAAAUUGAAUCGGAAAUGGGUACAACAGCAGCACCCAUUCCAUCUUCAAAACUGCGGAAAGCGAAAGCUGCCGGACUCCUUACCCCGCUUAGAGGAAAAUCAGACCCUCAAAAAGAGAAAAUAGUAAGAGAUUUGGCUAUGCUUGGUAUUCCUUUACCCAAACCACAGACAGCAUCUGAAAAAAAUAUCAUUGACAAAGUUAGGAAAGACGUAGGUCUACCGCCUGAACCUAAGAGCUCAUCUCUAAAAGAAAAACAUAAAUAUGCUCAAGAAGCUGGAUUUCUCACGCCUCUUGAGGGUAAAAGUGCUGCACAAAAGAAGAAAAUUCUAACAAAGCAGGCACAACUAGGUAUACCCUUACCGGAAGCUAGGACACAGACAGAAAAAGAUCUCAUAAAGACAAUACAAGCCACUGUGCCCAAAGCUGUAACAUCUGAAAAGCUGCGAACGGUCAAAGCAGCAGGAUUAUUGACACCUCUUACCGGUAAACCUCCAAAGGAACAGGAAAGAAUUUUAAGAAACUUAGCUGCUGAAGGUUUACCAUUACCUGAAGGUAAAACAGCAUCUGAAAAGCAACUAAUUCGCAAAAUUGAGUCGGAAAUAGGUAUAACUGCGGCACCUAUUCCAUCAGAAAAACUUCGUAAAGCUAAAGCUGCUGGUAUUCUCACUCCAUUAAAAGGGAAAACCAAUCCUGAAAAAGAAAAGAUUGUAAGAGAAUUAGCAUUACAUGGUAUACCUUUACCUAGAGCACAAACACCAUCAGAAAAAAAAAUCAUUGACAAGGUAAGGAAAGAUGUUGGACUCCCACCGGAACCGGUUACUUCAUCUCUUAGAGAUAAGUAUAGAUAUGCUCAAGAAACUGGUAUACUUACACCUCUUGAAGGUAAAACAACAUUACAAAAGAAAAAAAUUCUUACUAAGCAGGCGCAAUUGGGUAUACCUUUACCAGAGGGUAGGACAUUAUCAGAAAAAGACCUUAUAAAGAAAAUACAAGCUACUGUGCCUAAGAUAGUGACAUCGGAAAAACUUCGAAAUAUCAAAGCUGCCGGAUUACUUACACCUAUUGGUGGUAAACCGACCAAAGAGAAGGAGAAGAUAUUAAGACACUUAGCACAUGAAGGUUUACCAUUACCAGAUGGUAAAACAUUAUCUGAAAAACAAAUAAUUCAUAAGAUUAAAUCUGAGUUGGGCUUAACCACUUCAAUGAUACCAUCGGAAAAACUGCGAAAAGCUAUGGCAGCAGGACUACUCACUCCAUUGAAAGGGAAAUCUGAUCCUGAAAAAGAAAAAAUAUUAAGGGAGCUAGUGUUACACGGAAUCCCAUUACCUACAGCACAAACAGCAUCAGAAAACAAAAUGAUAGAUAAGGUAAGGAGAGAUCUUGGGCUACCACCCGAACCUCAAACUUCAUCUUUAAGAAGUAAAUAUAAAUAUGCUCAAGAAGCUGGUCUACUUACACCUCUUGAAGGUAAAACUGCUGAUCAAAAGAAAAGUAUUCUUACUAAACAAGCUCGUUUAGGUAUACCUUUACCGGACGGAAGAACAAAGUCAGAACAAGAUCUUAUUAAGAAAAUACAAGCAACAGUGCCAAAAAAUGUGACCUCUGAAAAACUGCGAAAAGUCAAAGCAGCAGGAUUAUUGACACCACUUACUGGUAAAAGUCAAAAAGAGAAGGAAAGAAUAUUAAGAAACUUAGCUGCUGAAGGUAUACCAUUACCUGAAGGUAAAUCAGCAUCUGAAAAAUUACUUAUACAAAAAAUUAAAUCGGAAAUAAGAUCGAUACCCAUUCCAUCAGAAAAACUGCGAAAAGCCAGAGCAGCAGGACUUCUAACUCCACUGGAAGGAAAAACUAGACUCCAACAGGAAAACAUUAUAAAAGAGUUAGCAUUGCUAGGUAUGCCUUUACCAAAAGCACAAAGUAAUUCUGAAAAAAAAAUUAUAGACAAAGUAAGAAAGGACCUGGGUUUGCCUCCGGAACCAAAAUCAUCGUCAAUUAGGGAUAAAUAUAUAAAUGCUCAAGCAGCUGGUAUAAUUACACCGCUUCAGGGUAAAACUGCAACACAGAAGGAAAAAAUACUAACAAAACUUGCUGAAAUAGGAAUUCCUUUACCAGAAGGUAGAACAAAAUCAGAAAAAGAACUCAUAAAAAAAAUAGAAGCAACAAAACCAACAAAAAUAAUAUCUGACAAAUUGAGAAAGGCUAAAGCAUCCGGUUUGCUUAAGCCUGUUAGUGGAAAACUGGAUGAAAGUGAUAGGUUAUUAAGGACAUUAGCAGCAGAGGGACUACCGUUACCUAAAGGCAAAUCGACCUCUCAAAAAGAAUUAUCUAUUCCAUCAGAUAAACUGAUAAAAGCUAAAGCCGCAGGACUGCUUACUCCCUUAAAAGGGAAAUCUGAUGCUGAAAAAGAAAAUAUUGUCAGACAAUUAGCUUUAUUAGGCAUCCCUCUGCCAAAAGCACAAUCAGCUUCAGAAAAGAGAGUCAUCGACAAUGUCAGGAAAGAUCUUGGUCUUCCACCAGAACCUACAACCUCAUUGAUAAAAGAAAAGUAUCGCCAGGCACAAAAAGAAGGAAUCAUUACUACUUUAGAAGGUAAAUCUAAAGCACAAAAAGAACAAAUCCUUAAGAAACAAGCUGAUAUAGGAAUACCGCUGCCAGAAGGACGAACACAGUCUGAAAAGGAUUUAAUUAAUAAAUUGAGAAGAGAGCAAGUAACGGCAAGUAAGUUACGAAAAGCAAGGGCGGCUGGUUUACUAUCUCCUCUUGAAGGUAAACCAUCCAAAGAAAAAGAGAAAAUUCUUAGAAACCUAGCCAAAUCUGGGUUACCACUACCGGAAGGUGGAACACCAUCAGAAAAGCGAUUGAUUCAGAGGAUUCGCAAAGAAAUGGGUGUGCCUUUAAAAGGAUACCCAUCAGAAAAACUUCGGAAAGCAUUAGCAGAAGGUCUUAUAACUCCAUUAGAAGGCAAAACAGCAGCACAAAAAGAAAUGAUUUUGAGAGGUCGAGUUGCUGCUGAUUUACCAUUACCUGAAACCAUGACUCCAUCUGAGAAGGAAUUAGUUGAAAGAAUAAGAGUUUCAAAAAAGCCUGAAUCAAAAAUAGUGACCUCUGAAAAAGAAAAAAUGCUUACAAAUUUGGCAAUGCUAGGCAAGCCCCUUCCAGAGGCUAAAACAACUUCUGAAAGCAAACUUAUUAAUAAAAUAAGACAAAAUUUGGGUAUACCUCCAGAACCAAAAACAAAACGUGAAAGACAGAAUUAUCGAAAAGCUUACGCUGAAGGCAUUAUACAACCACUCGAAGGGAAAACUCUAGCACAAAAGGCAAAAAUUCUUGAAGCUGAAGCUGAUAUGGGACUAGAACUCCCAGAGGGGAGAAGUUCAUCCGAAAAGUCGCUAAUACAAAAGAUCAAAUCUAAAAGAGAAAAGGGUACCCCAAAGCUUCCUGAAAAACUAAAGAGAUUAGACAUUAAAAGUGCAAAAUAUAUGAAAGAAGGGAAAGGUCCGAGCGACGAGUGUAUUUGUGAUCUUUUGACACCUGUAAAAGAUAAAUCUGAAAAAUUAUUACCAGAAAAGUUUGAAUUGUUACAAGGAAAACCUGAUGAUGAAAAGGAAAAAAUAAUAAGAGAAUUAGCAUUACUUGGAAAACCUUUGCCUGAGCCACAAUCUGCCUCAGAGAAAAAAAUAAUAGAUAAGGUUUUAAAAGAAGUCGGCUUAAUAGCACCUUUAGAAGGCAAAACGUCAUUAGAAAAAGAAAAAAUUCUUACGAAACAAGGUGAAAUGGGUAUACCUUCACUAGAGGCUCGAACACAAUCAACAAAAGUACAAAAGACAAAAGAUGCUGGAACUAUGUCUCCUCUGGCGCCCCUGGAGGGUAAGACGCGUUCUGAAAAAUCCUUGUUAAAAAAAGUGAAAGUGCAAGUUGGACUACCCCCUGAACCGUCAUCUCAAAAAAGGGUAAAAUCAAAAUCAAAAAAGAUAGGAAUAACAAAAUCGAAGAAAAGUGAAACUCAAAUUGGAGUUGGUAAAUCAAAGUUUGGCGUAGUUGAAGAGUUACAAGAUAUAACUAAAACUACAACGUGUGACCGCGCUUGUGGUUGUGAUAGAAAAAAAAUUAGAUUUAAACAUAGUUACGUUAAAAUUAGAGUUACAUCGCCAGAUAUAUCUUCUCUCUGUCCUUGUCCCGAUGAAUGUGUGCCAGGUGUAAAAGGUGGAGUUUUCACCGAUAACGAAGGUAUUAAAGUGACAGUAGGCCAAGCUACAGUAACACCCUCUUUUCGUUCGACAGAGCUUGACAAUGUUGAUGAUGAAAUCAGUUUAAAAGUCAAUUCAACAUUUAAUUUAGAAAAUAACGCUUUAACGUCCAGUAUGAAUCAUAAUCGUAUCAAAAUAGUUGAUUUAAAAUGGAGUAUGUCCUUUCCCUUACCUGGAAAAUAUUUAUCUAAUAAUAUUGAUAUAAGUAGUUCCUCCAGCAAACAUAGUAUAAGCUGCAAUUACAUCGAAAGUAAAGAAAGCGAUACAAGAACAAAUGAUUUAUUUUUCCCAAUAAAAUUGCCUCUAGAAGUCAAUAAUUCAAAUACUAUGUUUUAUUUUGGGACAACAAAUUCAUCUAUAAGUUUAAAAACAACGUCAAGCUUCAGAUCAAGUGAAACAUUCAGUGUAAUAUCUUUCUCAAUAACUGAUAUCUCUUCCAAUACGAGCUGUAUGAGUGAAAAACUUUUAGAAGAUCUAUUAGAUUAUCUUACAUGUAAAAAAAAGAAUAUCGAACAUUUAGCUGACGAAUGUUAUGCCGAUUCAACAUACAGUGAACUUACAACGCAGGCUCUAGACGCACUAUCCUCUGAGAGUAUGAGAGGUAAUAGAUUUAUAAGUACUUCCGCACUCAAUUUACGAGAUAUAUGUAGGAAAAAUGGAAUUCCUAGAAGAAGUAAAAGUCAAGAGAUUUCAAAAAUGUGGGGGAAAAAUAUGUCCAAUUCAGACGUAACAGUUCCAACAUCGUCAUGCUAUGUAGUUCUAUCAACUUCAUCUACCGAUUACAGUUCUACAUAUUGCUUACCAUGUAAACUCAGCUCUACGAUAUGCAUACAGAUUUCUGAAGAUCAGUAUACUUGGAAAUACAAUUAUGAGAUGGAUUUUUGUAAUACAAGUCGGCCUUCCCACUCUGACAGCGUUAUAUCUUCAAAAACAAAAAAUUACAAUAUGAAAAAGAUCAUAGAAUUAGAAAAAAUAAUUCACAAAAAUCGUAUUCAAGCAGAAAAUAUUGGCAAUCAAAUAAAGAACGCUAUUAAUGUAAACAUGUACCAAAAAUGUAACAAAUAUUAUGAGAUGGGUACAGACACAACUCAGGAUAGACCCUGCUGUUGCAAUACUAAUAAACAAAAAAAUCUAGGUUUUAAUCAACAACCUUUUAGAAAUAAUUUCAACGAGCCGAAAUGGAAGUCGAAUAUUUCACCACAAAGAAGCUGUUCAGAUUGCAACAAUAAAAAAAAUAAAAUCUCACCACUAAUAAUUCCCUACUGUCUCAACGAUGCAACACAAAAUAAAUCAUGUCAAUGUGACUUUGAAAAGAUUAAAGAUAUGAUAGAAAAUGUGUGCAAGAAAAUAGUAUCAACUGGUUGCGGAAGUGGGCCUGUUAAUUUUUCUGAGCGUGGAUGUAUCAAACCUAUCAUAAAAAAAACUCAGUGGUCACCGCAAGUUUCCACAAGUAAGCAGUAUCCUGCUAAAAAAUAUUACUGCACAUGCAGUACAUCCAGUAUAACAGAGUCGGAAAAACUAUUGAAUUCAUAUGAACCAGUUAGAGAAAUACCUAGGGCUGGAAAAUGUCCCUGUGAAGAAAGUACAUCCGUAAAACAAAAUGAAGACAGUAAAUAUGACUUGAAAAGAAAAAGUAAAGGAAAAGACAAAAAGAAAAAGAAAAAAGUAACGUGUUUAUGUCCUCCGGCAGAACCUGAAGAUGAUUUUGAUCCAAUAAUAUGGGUUGAUGAUAAGCGUAUAAGAAAAUUUAAGUCUGCAAUGACCCAAAGUAUUACUGGUUUUAAGUUUGAUAUAAAUCGCAAAGUGCAAAACAAUGAAAUGAGUUUGGAUGACGCAAUGAAAUUAUUGGCAAAUGACUACGGGAAUUAUAAUAAAUGGAACAUAAAUGACAAAAUGUGCUCGUGUGCCAGUAGUAUGGACAAACUUGAAAGAAAAAAUAAUUAUAAAAAAAAAAUAAACAAUGUAACGUGUACGUGUCCACCAAGUCCGAUUGCUGAUGAACAGUUACCUCCUAAGGCACCAUUUAGAGGUUUUAAACUUCACAUGGGAGGCAAAGGUUCUUCCUCGAAAGGUUUAAGCGGUGUUUUAUGUUUUUAAGUCCAUGAAUAAAGUUUUUAAUUUUUGUUUGUAUGUUAUAUUAUAACUAUAAUGAGUAAACUAAACUUUAUAUCUUAUAUCUUUAAGACAGUUUUGUGCUAUUUCCUAUAACUGCGCAAGUUUAAUCAUACCGGUGCACCUUGUUUUAUGUUAAAUAAAAUAUGUUUAUAAAUUGUUA